AGGUCAUUAUAUACAAUGUGAUGAGGCGAUAAAAUAUUAGGUUGGUUGAGCCGACGAUGAAGCUGCCGACUCCGGCGAGAGUGAACUGCAGGUUGGCGGCGAUGGCCAAGAGAGCGGGUUGGAGACUCAUGUCAAGCCUAUGCCGGAAAAGGUCGUGGAAGCCGGCAACCCCGAGGGCCGGGAGGGGCACCAUCGACUGCCGGAUGCAGGGGCGGCUCUCGUCGCCCAUAGGCAGGAGCAACGGAUGGGUAGGAACGGCUCUCGCGGCAGUGGAGAAUUGCAGAAAUUUCAGAUCACUUCUGCUGAAUCUGAUGAAGCGAGAUUGGGGAAAGGAGCAGAUUCUGAAGCAAGGCCCAUAUAUGCACAUUCUAAACCAGCUUGUGGGAGAGAUGAUGAAAGCCCCAGAAGUCCUCUGCAACAAAAAGUCCAUGGGGAACCGAGUCAGAAGCAUGAUCAAGUGAACAGUGUGUCAUUGGAUCGAAUGCCUGAGCAUCUCCACACAACUUUGGGAGUUUCAGGUGUGACCCAACCAUCUAAUGGCGAGACGGCUAUUCAAGUGCAAACACUGUUGAUUCAACCGACGGAUGAAAGAGUAGUGCUGCACAGUCGCAGAGAAGAAGUGAUAAAAAGUGCCAUGAAGUUUUCAUACAUGUCAAUCGGCAUUUCUGGUGGUGCAUUGGUAACUAUCUUCUUUGGAAACUACGUAAACCAAUGGGAGCAGAGCCACAUUUUUCACCUCAAGAUCUGCACCUUGAUCAUGCUCGCAUCCUUUGUUUCUGGAGUCAGCAUUCCGCUGCUUAAUUAUCUCCAACACCACAUCAGUGUCUCUCUACAACUCUUCGGAAGCCUCAAGUGCACAGCCUUUGCACUAUUUGUCCUAGCGCUGCUCGAUGUGUCCUUUCUUUUUAUGAAGAUACUUGCACUGUUUGCGUUCGUCCCAACAAUUGCCGUGGUUGUGAUUGUCUAUGUGAUUGCAUUCGAUGAGGCGCCGUCGACGAGUGAUGGCCAUCAUCAGCAAUAGUCUCUCUUGUAAUAUGCUGAUGCUGAAUAAUAUAUGAUAGUAUAGAUAUAUUGUAAUUCAUUAUCAUGAAUUUUUUUA